AUGAAGAACAUCUGGAGCUGGAGCCGCACAUCUGGUCUCGGAGCUCGCCUGCACCGCGGCGCCCCCCUCCUCCCGCGCCCCAGUCACUUCCUGUCCGGGAGCAGUAAGCGGUGGUUCCUCAGCGCGUGCGGAGAACAAGGCGGCGGCAGGCGUCCGAGGCGCGGGCUGGGAGCCCCAACCCCCCCCACUCCCGCCCAGGCCCCGGGGCUCCCGCGUCCCCUCCACGCGCCCGUCGCGGGUCCUACCGAAACUCGGCGGCCGCGCAGCGUCGAGACGCCCCCGUGGGGGCCCGGGGAGCCAGGGCGAGAGGGAGGGCCCCGGAGGUCGGGGAAGAGGGAGAAAGGGGGAAGAAAUUCGAGAAACGAGCCACUCGGGGAGAACCAGACAAACCGGGUCCUGGCAGGGCGGACGCAGCCGCCAGGGCGGAGCCGGGUGUGGGGCCCCGGGAGUGGGGGGCAGGCCCGCGAGCGGGAGGGGCGCUCGGUCUCGGCAGCUCGGGACUGGGGUAGAGGGGCCCGGAGCCCCGGGGCCAGCGCGCUCCGGCUCCGCCGGGCUCCUCGUGACGCGGCACCCACGGCCCCUGCACCGACGGGAGCCCUGCCCACGAGACGGGAGCCCCGCCCUCGGCCCCGCCCCAGGCCUGAGCCCCAAAUUCCGGCGGGUACCCGGGAGCGGGGCGAGGCCCGGCGAGCUGGGGGAGAAAGGCAGCGCCGCACGGGCGGGCGAGGAGCGGGGCGCCCAGGCGCGCAGGCCGGGGUGGCCGGGUCGCGAGGCCCUGGGGUGGGCGGCCCGAGCCUGGCUGGACAGCCCCGCCCUUCCCGGCCAGCACCGCCCCCUGCGCGCCCCGCCCCCUCCUUCCCGCAGCCCCCACCCCCGCCCCGGCUCCUCAACACAAACUUUCCGUCCCGCUCGCUCCCUCCUCCGCGCCCAGCGCCUCCCGCUCCAGCCCGGCUCAUUCCGCACAUUCCGGCCAGCCCCCUCCCCACGACCCCCCUUCCCCGGCCCCCCUCGAGGCUCCCUCGGGCCCGGCGGAGCGGCCUGGCCGGAGCGCCCCCGCGAGCUCGGACCAGGCUCGGCUGCCCGGUGGGCUCAGGCCCAGAGCCCAGAGCAACCAGCACAAUAGCGUCCAACAGCUGGAACGCCAGCAGCAGCCCCGGGGAGGCCCGGGAGGAUGGGCCCGAGGGCCUGGACAAGGGGCUGGACAACGAUGCUGAGGGCGUGUGGAGCCCGGACAUCGAGCAGAGCUUCCAGGAGGCCCUGGCCAUCUACCCGCCCUGCGGCCGGCGCAAGAUCAUCCUGUCGGACGAGGGCAAGAUGUACGGUCGAAAUGAGUUGAUUGCACGCUAUAUUAAACUGAGGACGGGGAAGACUCGGACGAGAAAACAGGUGUCCAGCCACAUACAGGUUCUAGCUCGGAAGAAGGUGCGGGAGUACCAGGUUGGCAUCAAGGUCUCUAGCCACUUGCAGGUUCUAGCCAGGCGGAAAUCUCGGGAGAUUCAGUCCAAGCUGAAGGCCAUGAACCUGGACCAGGUCUCCAAGGACAAAGCCCUUCAGAGCAUGGCAUCCAUGUCCUCUGCCCAGAUCGUCUCUGCCAGUGUCCUGCAAAACAAGUUCAGCCCACCCUCCCCUCUGCCCCAGGCCGUGUUCUCCACUUCCUCUCGGUUCUGGAGCAGCCCCCCUCUCCUGGGACAGCAGCCUGGACCUUCUCAGGACAUCAAGCCAUUUGCACAGCCAGCCUACCCCAUCCAGCCGCCCCUGCCGCCAACGCUCAGCAGUUAUGAGCCCCUGGCCCCGCUGCCCCCAGCUGCUGCCUCUGUGCCCGUGUGGCAGGACCGCACCAUUGCCUCCUCCCGGCUGCGGCUCCUCGAGUACUCAGCCUUCAUGGAGGUGCAGCGAGACCCUGACACGUACAGCAAACACCUGUUUGUGCACAUCGGCCAGACAAACCCCGCCUUCUCAGACCCACCCCUGGAGGCAGUAGAUGUGCGCCAGAUCUAUGACAAGUUCCCCGAGAAAAAGGGGGGACUGAAGGAGCUCUAUGAGAAAGGGCCCCCUAAUGCCUUCUUCCUCGUCAAGUUCUGGGCCGACCUCAACAGUACCAUCCAGGAGGGCCCAGGAGCCUUCUAUGGGGUCAGCUCUCAGUACAGCUCUGCUGAUAGCAUGACCAUCAGCGUCUCCACCAAGGUGUGCUCCUUUGGCAAACAGGUGGUAGAGAAGGUGGAGACUGAGUACGCUAGGCUGGAGAACGGGCGCUUUGUGUACCGUAUCCACCGCUCGCCCAUGUGCGAGUAUAUGAUCAACUUCAUCCACAAGCUGAAGCACCUGCCCGAGAAGUACAUGAUGAACAGCGUGCUGGAGAACUUCACCAUCCUGCAGGUGGUCACGAGCCGGGACUCCCAGGAGACCCUGCUUGUCAUUGCUUUUGUCUUCGAAGUCUCCACCAGCGAGCACGGGGCCCAGCACCAUGUCUACAAGCUCGUCAAAGACUAGGGUGCCCUCUGCGCCUCCGUAAGGAUGCAGGGUGAGCAUCUCCUCUCCACACCUGCCUGGCACCCCUGGGGGGGGGUCCAGGAUUGAGGACUCAUCUACCUGCCAGGCCUCAGGCCCAGGACCCAGGAGGCCUCCCCACCUACCCCAGCACACACUCCCUGCCACUGUUCUGCGCUUUAAUUGAGGAGAGGAGGGCUCAGCAGUGGGGCAGCCUGCCCGCCAGCGCUGAUCCACCAUCACUCCGCUCUGCCCAGCCUUGUGUGACCUCAGAGAGGUGGGGAGGGGGAACACCUUCAGCCUCUGGCAUGUGUGGCCACUGCUCCACCGUGGGGGAGUGUCAUGGGCAGCUGAGGGCAGGAUGGAGACCGAGGGAGUCAGCAAGCGGAGGCCCUGGAAAAGGAGAGUGUCAGGUCAGGGUUGGGCUCUGAGGGCAGAGGGGCCCACACUUCUUUGCCCCUUCCGUGUGCCAGGCUUGGUGCCCAGACUCCUUGCCUGGCUUGUGCGGUGCUAGACUCUGCACAGCAAGUGUGGGUCUCCAGGUUUCAGGUGAAGUGCCGAGGCUCCAGGAAGUUGAGUGACCCACAGGAGAGGUGGGCAGAGCUGGAGUUCUCAUCCAGGGCUGCCUGUCCCCAGAGCCCAGGUUUACACUACCUCCCUGGGGCAAGGGCUGGCCACAGGGUUGGGGAGAGGCUCUGCAGUGUGAAGAGUGGAGCCUCCUCAAACUCCUCGAGGACAGCUGGGUUAGGGGAGCACCUGUUUCUACAGCAAUAGACCCUUAUUAGGCACCCCAUCAGCCCACAAGCCAACCAGCGGGGCUCCAGGAAGAUGGGGCAACCCCCAGCACCCUCCAGAUUGAGGGCAAGGUAGAGGAAGGAGUCCCAGCCUCUGGGCAGACCAGAAGCCUGGAGGGAAGGCUAGCAGAAGGCUUUUGGUUUUUCUCUUGCCCAAGGCUGGGAUCUGACAAACCCUUGGUGGGCACUGCUCCCUUAGGUUCUUCUCCACCUCAGUCUACCUGCCCGGAGCAGCAGCUCCCAGACCCAGUGCUGGGACUGAAGGUUAACCCUUCCCCUGCUGCCCCUUCUCAACACCCAGGCCCCCAGAGCCAGCCGGGCCUGACCAGCAGCCACCUGUGGGUAUUUAUGAGUUUCAUAUGAAGUACUGUGCCCCUUCCCUUCCUCAUCCUGACCCUGCCCGAGCUUCCUGAAGGUCCUCACCGUUUGCAUAUUGCUCAGGCCACCUCCAAACCCCACCUAGGUUUUAUAAUGUAUAUUAUAUAUUUUUUUGUGUAUUUUUAAAAUCCAGCUGUGAUGGGUUGUAUCAUAAAUGCGGCUUGGGGUUGGGGCAGGGACCAUCAAGGCCCAGCUCCUGCUCAAAAAAAAAAAAAAAAAAAAUUAAAGUUAUAUGUUUGUGGGUCAGUCAUACAA